GAGAAGUGAUUGGCAGUCCGAUUUAUUCAUCUAAGACCAUUAUUUGACUUCAUUCCGGCUAUAUUUGGCUACAUUUGGGUACAUUUGGGUAAUUAGUCGGACCCUAAGUUAACCACCGUCCGAGAGAGUAUUACAUUGAUUAGGCAAAUAGAUGUUGAAAAAAAUGACUACCAUACACUGGUUCCGUAAAGGAUUGCGUCUUCAUGACAAUCCAGCACUACUGGCGUCUGUAGAAGAAAACUGUGAGCUACGACCAUUAUUUAUCCUGGACCCAUGGUUUGUGACCAAUGCUCGGGUGGGAAGUAAUAGGUGGCGAUUCUUGGCACAGACACUUGCUGAUUUGGAUAUUAAGCUGCGGGACCUGGGAUCGAGGUUGUUCAUAGCUCGAGGAACUCCAGAGGAAUUAUUUCCAAAGCUCUUUAAAGACUGGAAUGUUCAGAAACUCACUUGGGAAGUAGAUACAGAACCAUAUUCCUGCAUACGAGAUGAGAAAAUAGAGAAGUUGGCGAAGGAUCACAAUGUAAAAGUUGUGUGUCGAGUUGGGCACACCCUCUACAGUACUGAAAAAAUCAUUCAAGCCAAUUUGGGUAAAACCCCAUUGACAUAUCAAUCCAUGCAGAGUUUGGUGAGUAGAAUGGGUCACCCACCUAAACCAGUAGAUUCACUCAGCAGUCUUCCUGGCAGCUGCAGGAUAAACAAUGCAAUGGCAGUGAAUGCCAAAUAUAAUCUACCCACUCUUGCAGAGUUGGGUGUAGAUGAGGGCAGCCUUCAACCUUGUCUGUACCCAGGUGGUGAGACAGAGGCACUCAGGAGGUUAGACAAAUACAUGAUGCGCAAGACUUGGGUGUGUAAGUUUGAGAAGCCAAAGACAUCACCCAAUUCCCUCCAGCCCAGCACCACAGUCCUCAGCCCCUACCUCAAAUUUGGUUGUCUUUCACCUCGCACCAUGUACUUCAGGCUAUUAGAGGUGUAUAAGAAUAACUCACACACCCAGCCUCCAGUGUCUUUAUUAGGACAGUUGCUAUGGCGUGAGUUUUUCUACACAGUUGGGGCAAAAACUCCCAACUUCAACAGAAUGGAAGGGAACCCCAUAUGCCGACAGAUUCCAUGGGUCAGAAAUGAAAAGUUGAUGAAGGCCUGGGAAUUUGGAAAAACUGGAUACCCUUUUAUUGAUGCAACUAUGACGCAGUUAAGGAAAGAGGGAUGGAUUCACCACUUGGGUCGUCAUGCGGUGGCUUGCUUUCUGACAAGAGGGGACCUCUGGCAGUCCUGGGAAGAUGGUAUGAAGGUGUUUGAGGAGCUGCUGCUUGAUGCUGACUGGUCCCUUAAUGCUGGAAAUUGGAUGUGGCUCUCUGCAUCAGCUUUCUUUCACCAAUACUUCCGUGUUUACAGUCCUAUUGCAUUUGGCAAACAUACUGACAAACAUGGCGAGUAUAUACGGAAGUACUUGCCUCAGCUGAGCAAGUACCCUGACAACUACAUCUACGAGCCCUGGAAGGCACCCUUGUCCACCCAGAAAGCAGCUGGCUGCAUCAUUGGCCAGGACUACCCAAAACCCAUUGUUGACCAUGACAUUGCCAGAAAACAGAACUUGGAGCGUAUGAGUAAGGCUUACGCUGCUGGUAAAAGCAAGACACCACCUUCAAACAGAAACUCUCCAAACAAGAAGAUGAAGAAAUAGAGGCAUAGAGUUUAUGAAAAAUUAAAUGCAUUAAUCAGUAAUACAGUAGUACCCCCUCUUCCCAGCUCACUAGCUCC